CAGGCGAUAUUUAUCGACGAACCACCUGCGUCGAGUUUCAUGAUCACGUGGUGUUUGUACGUCACACGUAAACCCGAAGGAAAAUGGCGGCCGCCGGAGGAGAGCCUUCAUGUCAGAGUGUCUCCGAUGAAUUAUUUCAAAAUUUCUACACCGAGGUGAAGCAGAUCGAGAAGAGAGACUCUGUGUUAACAUCAAAGCAACAGAUAGACAGACUGUUAAGGCCUGGCGCGUCAUACUUCAAUCUCAACCCCUUUGAGGUUCUUCAAAUUGAUCCAGAGGCAACAGAUGAUGAACUGAAGAAGAGAUUUCGGGCACUGUCCAUCUUAGUCCAUCCAGACAAAAAUCAGGAUGAUCCUGAAAGAGCACAGAAGGCUUUCGAAGCCGUUGACAAGGCAUACAAACUCCUUUUGGAGCCUGAACAGAAGAAGAGAGCAAUGGAUGUGAUUCAUGCAGGAAAGGAGUAUGUGGAACAUAUGGUAAAGGAGAAAAAGAAACAGCUCAAGAAAGAUGGGAAGCUAGUGGAUGUGGAAGAGGAUGACCCUGAAAUGUUCAAGCAAGCAGUGUACAAACAGACCAUGAAGCUGUUUGCUGAGCUGGAAAUCAAGAGGAAGGAAAGGGAAGCAAAGGAUAUGCAUGAAAGGAAAAGGGCAAGAGAGGAAGAAAUAGAGGCAGCAGAAAAAGCAAAGCGAGAUAGAGAAUGGCAGAAAAACUUUGAGGAAACCAGGGAUGGGCGUGUUGACAGUUGGAGGAAUUUCCAGGCUAAAGGCAAAAGCAAGGAGAAGAAGAACAGGUCAUUCCUCAAGCCUCCGAAAGUCAAGAUGGAACAGAGAGAAUGAUGCUAGAAACUGGACAGAAUAAAACUCACUGUUGUAAAAUCCUCAUUUCUGUGUCUCCCCACCUUGUCGUCUACUGUGUAGCCAUCCUCACAGCCAUCGGGAUACAUGUACAACGCCCUCAUCCUGACAAACAAUUCUUCUAUGUACAUAUUUUGAUCUAGAUCCACAGAUCAUACCUGCCUCAUGUAAGAGAGAAAUGAUGCAUACUCCAUGUCUGUAGUGGAUGAGAAAAUGUGGUUUGUUUUUUUAACUAAAUAAAGCUUGGUGUUAACAGGC